AUGUCCUUAGUGACUGAUUCAGACUCUAUUCCGAUGGCGCAAGUCAAGCUUGUUGUCAGCGCUGCAGGACGAGGUGAUGAGUACCUCUGCCUCCCCACCUCUGGAUUAAUGGAUGGUUUGCCCUCAAACUAUAUUUUUCGGACCUUUACCCGCCUCAAGCACGUCGAGAAUGACGUGCAGAAUAUCCUCCGACUGCUCAAUGACGGAGGUACAAACCAGUUUCUCAUCCUCUUUGGAUUAUCUCCUACAAUCAUGGAAAAAUUGGCUACACGAGAAGCCAAACUUGGUGUGAACUACCGUAUCCAAUUUGACGGAUCCUCAGCCCUAGUUAAAGUGGUCCCUAGCAGUGGACAUGAAUUGGCCACUGACAUGGUCAGAGAGAUUGUUGGCGAGCAGCUGAGCGGAAUGGGUAUUGGUCGCACUGAGCGAGCUUGGGGGACAACCACCUUGUACAAGCCAGCUCAACUCACCGCAGGAAAAGAAGGUGAUCAGAUCUUCUUGCCCCCGGCACGACUCAAUGCCCCUAGAACACCUCCCAACUGGCCUACUUUCGUUGUCGAAACGGGUCUCUCGCAAGGAAUUGGAAAGCUUCGGUCAGCAGCUGCCUGGUGGCUGAAUCAGUCCGAGGGCUGGGUUCGAAUGGUAAUGGUCAUUUCAAUCAAUACCACUGUUGUGGACUUCGAGCUAUGGCAGCUCGCCCCCCCAAACGCUCCUCAUCCGUUGACUCGUCGAUACAUCGAGACGCUGCGUAACAAGCCUGCAACAUUGCCUGCAACAUUGCCUGCAACAUUGCCGAGUAUACAGGCGGCGGGGUGGCAGGGUCGACCCCGCCACCCUACCACCCGACGAACUUUUCGUCUUAUCGGCCAAUAA